GCGCGUAAAUCGCGGAUAUCCCGUUCUGUAAAAUGGCGGCGUGACAGAGGCUUGUUUAAAUUUUUAGUUUGAAACAACGUCGUCACAGUUUCCGUCAGGGGAGUGUCUGGACCUGCCUCACAUUUAAGAUAUAAUAACAGGAAUUUAAACUUCCUGAAAGGACCAGCAGUGAUGGCCAAACGAAUCGCUGAUAAGGAGUUGACCGACAGGAACUGGGAUCAGGAAGAAGAAGGAGAGGAGGCUGGGACCUUUUCCAUCGCCAGUGUUGAUGUGCUGAAGAACCGACCAAUCAAGAAGGCCAAGCGUAGGAAUAUUGGAGAGAGUGAGAACCCCGGUGCCUUCAAGGGCUUUAAGGGCUUCUCCCUGAUGUCAUCGGGGUCCAGCGCCGCCGCCCCCACCACCGGGUUCUCCGGCUUCGGGAACGGCGGCGGCUUCAAGGGGCUGGCGGGGCUGUCCAAUGGCAGCACUCCGUUCGGGGGCUUCUCGUCCACCGGCGCCCCCGGUUUAACAUUCAACGGCCCCGCCUCCUCCUCCACCACGACCGGCGACGUCACCACCAAUGGCUCCGCCCCCAGCUCCACUCAGAGCCCCGGCGCUCUCGGCAGCGGCAUUAGCGGCGGCGGCAGCGGCGCCGUCGGUAACAACAAGGAGUACAGCCGGCAGCUCACGGCGCUCAACUGCUCGGUGCGCGACUGGAUCGUCAAGCACGUCAACGGCAACCCGCUGUGCGACCUCAACCCCAUCUUCAGGGACUACGAGCAGCACCUCGCCAGCAUCGAGAGGAAGUACGGCGCCACAGCGGCGGCCGCCACCGACGGGGGUUCCCAUGGCAACGCGCCAGGGGGAGAGAAGCAGGCGGGGGGGGCACUGCCAGCCUCCUCUUCCUCUUCUUCUUCUUCCGCCGACGCUUCUCCUUCCUCCUCCUCCUCCUCCUCCUCGUCGGCGGCGGCGGCGGUGCCCUCCUUCUCCUCGCCCGCGGCGGGCGCCCCGCUGAAGACGCCGGCGUCUUUGUUCUCCUUCGGCCGGGACGGCGCCGCCGACAAGGGCAGCAGCCCGGCCGGCGCGGCGCCCGUCCCCGCCGGCGUGACGUUUAACUUCGGCCAGAAGCUGGACAGCGCGGCCCUGGGGCCGUUGGCGUCGGGCGGCGGCACCGGCGCCCCCCCCAGCUUCUCCUUCUCCUCCGCCCCGGGCCAGAGCUCCCUGUUCGGGGGCGCCACCGCCGCCGCCGCCGCCGCGUCGGCUCUACCCUUCUCGUUCGGCGGGGCGAAGGCAGAGGCGGCCCAGCCCUCCACCACAGAUGAGAACGGAGAGGAGGAUUCCGACGAGCCCCCCAAAGUGGAGGUCCGGGAGAUCAAGGAGAAGGAUGCCUUCUACUCCCAGAGGUGUAAGCUGUUCUACAAGAAGGACGGCGAGUUCAAGGAGAAGGGCGUGGGCACGCUGCACCUGAAGCCCACUGCCGAGGGGCGCACACAGCUGGUGAUCCGCGCAGACACAAACCUGGGCAACAUCCUGCUCAACAUCGUGCUGGCCCCCUCCAUGCCCAGCUCCCGCGUGGGCAAGAACAACGUGGUGCUGGCGUGCGUGCCCAACCCGCCGGUGGACCCCAAGAGCCCCGCCGUGCCCAUGCCCAUGCUGAUCCGCGUCAAGACCACGGAGGACGCCGACGCCCUCUACAAGAUCCUGGAGGAGAAGAAGGCCUGAAGAGCCCCCCCCCCCCCCCCCUUCCCUUUGCUCCCUCCCUCCUCCUCCUCCUUCCCGUCCCCUCCACCCUCCCUUCCUCAUCUUCGUCCUCUCGGUACCCACCCCCACCCACCUCCGUCACAGCCCAGACAAGUCUCACAUAACACACGAAGUCGGCCCUUCCUUUUUGUCAUCGCUUGCUCAAAGGGGACCCGGUCAGAAUUGAGCUGCCGGUCUUGGGUCUCAGGGUCUCGUGUCUCGUCUCUGGAACCCGGAGCCGCCGUCGAAUGAGGGGCCGAGUGUGACUUAAACUACCUAUUUUGAUCUCGACGUCCACACACACACACACACACACACACACGCAGAGCUCUCUCAAAUGGUCCAACACUAUGACUCCCUCCCUCCUCCCCUCACGUUUUCUUAUUCACAACCAAUCGGUUCUUCGACUGUGAAAGCAGAGUCCCCACUCGUCUCCUGCAGUGAUGCAGUGGAUUUACGUUAGUUUUUAGUUCUCGUCUCCCGUCGGGACGUGGGAUCCAUCCCUUCCCGCUGUCCGUUGGCAUUCCGUCUGGUCUCCACAUCCAUGCUGCUGUUUUUAUUUGUAACGAGGAACCACGGGCUGACGAACCCUUUUUUAUUUUUAAACGAUACCGUUUGUUAGUUAUUUUUUAUUUGGUUCCGUUUUUGUAGACGGUUGAUGGAAUCUGAGCAUGUUUGAACUUCAAUGCUUUAUAAUUGCCAUGAUCUUUUUUUUUUGUUGUCUUAACCAGCGUUUAUUUUUAACGACUAAAGUGUGUUCAGGACCGUUUGUGUGUUGUAUUUUGUGUGUGUGUGUGUGUGAGUGUGUUUGCGUCUGAAUCAGCGUUACAGGGUGCAGCGGGGGGGGGAGAAACUGUAAUCUCUAAUCUCUAAACAAUGCUCGGUCGGUUUGGUUUUACAAAUUUUUUAAAAGAAAAUUGCAGGAAAUUGAUUCUUCCUCCCACAAGCGGUUAACUGGAGACGGAGGUUUUUAGAGUAUAUUAUAGCUGGAUCUGUGCGUCAGGGGUCCAGAGUGUUGAGGCUGUGUGCUAUUUAUUCUACAGGCGAAACAUUUGUAACCUCCGUGUGUGAUUGUGUGCGUGUGUGUGUGUGUGUGUGAUAAGGGACAUGAUGAUGAAGAGCGACGCAUCGUUAUGAUUGGUUGUUUUCGUGCGUCUCUAUUCAACAUGGGGUGAUUGUUUUGUUUUUCAUUGUUUUCCAAGUGUCCCUUAUGUGACGUAAGAUGGUGGCCUUGUAUGGGAGGUAUGUUGUCAUUGGCUUGUAAGUCAUUUAUUAAAAGAAAAAAAAAAAACAAUCACGUGUACCCUGUCAUUUGGCUGUUGAACCCCCCUCAGAAAACAGUUGGAUUGUUCACCAAAGUCGGCUGAACUAUGAAUAUAGGCGAUAAGGAUCCUUGAUGAUUAGUCUUGGAAUGUUAACAUUGCAUCUUAUUGAACAUAUUAGGUUUCUUACGGUUCACUCUGAAGUACACAUUUUAAUUGAGUUGUUAGACAUGCACGCUAAAGAUGAUAAACAGAAGUUAUUAUAAAACAAGUUGGAUUAAAGCCUCCACAAUAUGCUAAUUAUUUAAAAGAAAUUCAGAUAUAAACUUGUGAGAUCUGAAAAUGGGAUCUCUGUAAAGAAUUAUGAAACGGGAAAAGCUGUUAACGCCCCCAACAAGGUAGAGAGCAAAUUAACUUCAUAUCCCAGGAUUACAAUGAUUAUCAGAAACCUGAAUCCCACAUCCUUCAAACUUCUAACAUCGUCUUGAUAAAUCUUUCUAUCUAUCUUUGCAGGACUAACACGGGUGUCUCCAUAAAUAUUCCCUGGUGUCUUACUGCUGUGAAUGUACCAGCGCGGCUUAGUAGACUCUUCUAGCCAAGGUGAGAAAUUGCUAAUUUUGCCCAAAUUACUCAUUGCUGCAUUACUAUUUCAGUCACAUAAAUAAAACGCCUGGUUGCACGCAUGUUAAUCUUGGGCACUGGUAUGUCAACGUAGAAGAACCAUAAUUUGUGUUGUCAGACAAUGAAAUGAGUCCUGUACUGCAGAAGAAAAUAGAAGGAGUAAAUCUGGUGAGAUGGAGUGACUAGUUUUUAGCUUUGAUAAAUUUGUCAGAAGGUAGCAAGACUAGGAGGAUUAAUUAUUAGUUCUCUUAAGUGAAGAGUGGCAGUGUAUCUUUGUUUGGCAUUCUUGUUCUGCUCUAAUCAAGUCUAAAUGAAUAAACAAGGUCGUGUAAAACAAUAAUUUAAGUUGUAUUUUUGCAAGAUAUAUUUGGUCUUCAUAGAAAUUCUAGCAAUAGGUUUGUAUAGAAUAUAAAUAGAUGUUCAUGUUCAACCAAUUGUCUCUUAGUAAAGUAAAAUAUUAUACAUGCCAGAUAUAAAUAAGGUAUUUUAUGCGGCUUAACAAAUCAUUUCGAGACUGAAAAGGAUUUGAAUGAUGCGUAUAUUAUUGAAUGUACAUUUAUUGUACCAUAGCAGUCAGUUUAAGCAGAUCCCUCUGGAAGUUAUAUUUGGUAAAAUUGGCCGUUUUGCUAAACCAACAGGGUAGAAACGUCUUCCAAUUCUGCCUUGGCAAAAUAACAAUAGAAAAUAAUAACAAAGUGCGAUGGGUAAAGACAAGUAUCUUCAGGGUUAUAAAUAAUUUCAGGGUUAUAAAUAUCAAAACAAACACGACACUUUUCUAAAAUGUAUUUGAAUAAUAAGAACAGCAGAAUGUUUUUGAAAUGAUGCAACUUGAGUGACUUUUUACAUGACGAUUACCUAAAAAAGUUAAGUGUUAGUAAUCAACUAAAGCAAAGUUAUAAACUCAAAGGUUGUCAUAGCCCUAAAACAACCAACAAAUGAUUUUCUAAAAGCAUUUUAUUUUUCUACAGUGCAAAACUAAACUUGCUUCUAUACACGUCAGGUGGCUGUUAACGCAGUCUUUGAUACACAACCAAAGUGAGUACAUUCAUCCUUUUUGUAACAAACGAUACACAAUCGUAUAACACUGAAGGAAUAAAAAACUAAAAUCCCUCCACUUCCCAACAACCUGCUGCUAAAGGUAGGGUUGUGGUUGCUCGUUGACGCAAGGCAAUGACUACGCAUUCAUUCCGACGCUUUCGUGAACCUGUUUUGGUUCUGCGUCGGUUUAACGUUAGCGGACCAAUCACAUGAUUCAAGGUUGCAAGGUUACAAUUUUUGGGAGGCGAACGUCAGGGCCUUGCGGUGAACGCAAGGAGGGUCCCAAAUGACGUAAGCGGUCCGUAAACCCCAUUGCAUUGCGUCAACGUCCGACCAACUCUACCGUAACAUGGGAAAGGUAGGCCUACCCCCUGUGUACACUUAUACUGUGUGAGUGAAAACAAUGGAGACACUGAACACUGCUUUGGGGCUUGUCUCGGAAAAGUAUAUUGGUCGAGGUUUACUCCCACUGUUUGAACAUCAGAACCGUGAAAAUCGAAUUGAUGAACUUUGGGUAUUACACCUGGUCCCACACCCUCCGUUUGAAAGCCUUCACUGUGGUGAGACGUUUGUUUGACUAUUAAUGAUUAAAAGGUGACGUAUUACACCACCAGGUGUGAUUGUGAUUAUCGAUCCGUCAUGCAUCUAGGGGUGGACCAACCCACUUGUGAUGUCCGAAGAGGCAGAUUUUCGAAACGCUUGUAACGCUAAUCACCCACACCUGUUGGUAUAAUAUGUCAUUUAAUAGCACGAGUAGUGACUGGACUUUCUUCAGCAAUGGCCGCUGAAAGUGUUUCAUUUUCAUAUAGAAGGAGGAGCAGGAGAAGUUACAGACCAGCAAAUUAUACGAUGAAGCAUUUUUAUAGAUCAGGGUAAAGAGAAAAUACAUUUUACAUACAGUUGGCAGAUUUUUAAGGCUUUAGGGACCUAAGUGUGUUGGAUUCCCUUCAAGUCCUGCCCUGAACACAAUGACCUCGGCUACGAGCAGGACGCACUUAGCUGUGGUAUAAAACAGAACGACACCUGGACCUCUUCCAGAACCCAUCAUCUGGCCAUGCUACAUCCAUCUUGAGGUCGUAAUUCUUAUUAUCAUGAAUAAUCACAGAAUGGGAGAUAUCUUAUUGGCUGAAAUUCACCUGGAAGCCGCAUUUCAGCCAAUGAGGAACUGUAAUGGCAUACCCCAUGUUAAAUGGUUACCAGGUUUGUGGAUGUUUGGUGACUGGGUUAAUUUGUCGUCUAACUGAAAGAAAAAUUGCAAUCGUUCCAAAAAACGUUCUGCUCUACCUGUUUGGCUAAGUGAAGCUAAGCAAUGCGAGGACAAUAUUUAUCACAACAUUUUAA